CCUGUGCAAGGCAUUCUGGGAGCGCGUGGUAGUCGUGAUACUCGGGCCUGUCGUUUCCUCGCCUCACGUCUUCGCCUUCUAACGUUUGUGCCGGAACCGAAGGGGAAAAAAAAGCCUGCAAUUAGUUGCAGAGGAAGAGGCCAGCCAAGAUGUCUAUUGGGGUGCCGAUUAAAGUCUUACACGAAGCCGAAGGCCACAUAGUGACUUGUGAGACCAACACCGGGGAAGUCUACCGAGGGAAGCUCAUUGAAGCUGAGGACAACAUGAACUGUCAGAUGUCCAACAUCACAGUCACAUACAGAGAUGGCCGAGUGGCACAGCUGGAACAGGUAUACAUACGUGGCAGCAAGAUCCGGUUUCUAAUUUUGCCUGACAUGCUGAAAAAUGCUCCCAUGUUAAAGAGUAUGAAAAAUAAAAACCAAGGCUCGGGGGCCGGCCGAGGAAAAGCUGCUAUCCUGAAGGCCCAAGUGGCUGCAAGAGGAAGAGGGCGUGGAAUGGGGCGCGGAAACAUCUUCCAGAAGCGAAGAUAAUAUUCUCCACUGAAGAGACCUUUGUCCUUUCUUCUCUUAGGUUAUUGGAGGGGUUGGGGGCGGGGGUUACAUGUGCAUAUGUGCUAGAUUUUCUUUUGAUAUUUCUCUUUGUGUCAGAGAAACUGUUAAGCUAAAUAAAAUGUGGUUGUUUUAUGGUUUGUA